AAAUGAUUGGCUUAAGGGAUUCACAGCCGCAAAUUCAAAGGAUCAUGUCAUUAAAGAGGGAGCGCCAAGAUAAGCAGAGCUGGGGCAACUGCAGCAGUGCCUUACGAGGCGAUUACGAGCAAACCAACAACCGAAAGCUUCACGAGACGACUCCUAGACCUGAGUCUACUGAGACACAGACAGAAUUUUUCCGAGGUGAUGUAUUAAAUGGGGUGCUGUCCGCUCCUAAAUUCUCUCUGUCAUGCAAUUCCGUCUGCUGCUUUUCUUCAUACCCAUUUCCAAUGUGGUUUUCGCACCUCGAAUAUCAACGAAUAAUCGCUCAAACCUUACCAUCAUUUCAGCUUUUGAUAAAUAGAUCACUUGAACAUACUCGGAUUGUGACUCUCUUUGAGACUCUGACUCUACGCCAUGUCACCUACCUUCUUUCCUAAUGGAACUUGGACUGGUGCAUACCCGAACGGGACAGCCAUCAACCCCGAUGACUGUACACUGGACUUAUGUCCUCUCUCCGAGGCCCACUUCACCUAUGUUCCAACGCUCUAUGGGAACGCCGCGCUUGCUGGAAUUUUCGGAAUAUACGCAGGUUUUCAUCUUGUUAUUGGUAUUCGCUUUAAAACCUGGGGUUAUAUGACUGGUAUGGUGGGUGGUCUAUUGCUUGAAGUUUUGGGAUACGCCAACCGGAUCAGGAUGCAUUACAAUCCCUUCCCAAAAAUGCCCUUCGUUCUGCAACUCGUUGGUCUGACCAUCGGCCCCGCUUUCCUCAGUGCAGCCAUAUACCUUUGUCUUGGCCGAAUCAUUGUUGUGUACGGUCAACACAUCUCCAGGCUCAAGCCUCGAUCAUACACAACAAUAUUCAUGUCCUGUGACCUUGUCAGCCUCAUUUUGCAGUCUGCGGGUGGAGCGAUGGCAAGUAUUGCGGACACACAGAAGGAUACAGAUACGGGAGUGAAUGUGAUGAUUGCAGGCCUCAUUGCACAAGUCCUGAGUUUGACUGUUUUUGCACUACUCUGUGCAGACUUUGCUGUCAAAUCAAGGAUGAUGUGGAACGAUCGAGACCCUCGAUACUUCGACCUACGUCAGACUAGGUUUUGGAAAGCGUUCUUAGCAGGGCUCUGCGUUGCCACUGUCGCAAUUUAUAUAAGAUCAGUCUUUCGAGUUGCUGAACUCUGGGGAGGUUUUGACAGCUCUCUUGCCAAUAACGAGCCUAUGUUCAUGGCACUGGAAGGAGGAAUGCUUCUCGUUGCAACAACAUGCCAGACCAUUUUCCAUCCACACUUCGCCUUUCGGGGUCAUUGGCAUAACGCUAAUUUUGCCAUGGGAAAAAGUAAAGCUGGAAUAUAUUCGAGGCCCAUCGAAGAUGACAUUGAGUUGAUGAGCGGGAGAGAUUGAGCUUUGGCUGAUGUUUCUUUGAGGGUGUAGAAGUUGUUGCUUUGUGAUGUGGACUCGUCUGAGAGUUUUUGAUAAACGGGGAUCUGAAUUUCUUCGGAUGAGUCUUCUCUCGCUCAUUUUGCUUGCAAUCAGCCAGCCAUGACCGGCAUAAUCAGUAAAAGUAAUCUUGUAACCUUCUUUUGCUUGGAAUCACCAAAUAAUCAGACGCUCG